AUGGACUCCUUGAAGAAGAAGUAUAUGUUGAGCAACCGCCUGCAUUUUGCGGUUGACUGUGGACAAGAAAAAGUCUACCAUCUCAAAAAUGCACUAUAUGGAUUGAAACAAGCUCCACGAGCUUGGUAUGAUACACUCUCACAUUUUCUCAUCAACUGUGUUUUCACGAAAGGAGCCGUAGACAAGACGCUCUUUCGUAUUAAAGAUAAUGAUCAUAUUCUCUUAGUACAAAUCUAUGUUGAUGACAUCAUUUUCGGGAGCACGAAUCAUGUUCUAUGUGAAAGAUUCUCAACUCUCAUGCAUGGAAAAUUUGAAAUGAGCAUGAUGGGAGAACUAAACUACUUUCUGGGAUUGCAAGUAAAGCAAUGCUCAGAUGGAAUUUUUAUUAGUCAAGCUAAAUACACUAAGGAUCUAAUCCGAAAGUUUGGCAUUGAUAGAAAAACAUCAGUCAAAAUUCCUAUGAGCACAUCUCUUAGAAUGGAUAUUGACAAUGAAGGAAAAGAUGUGGAUCAAAAGAACUUUCGCGGAAUUAUUGGAUCUCUCCUAUACCUAACGGCAAGCAGACCUGACAUUUCGUUUGAUGUUGGGGUAUGCGCUAGAUUUCAAGCUAAACCAAAAGAAAGUCACUUAAGUGCAACCACUAAGAUCUUAAGAUACCUUAAAGGGACUCAAAGCGUUGGACUUUGGUACCCGAAAGAAGGAUCCUUCGAUCUUGUUGGAUAUUCAGAUGCCGAUUUUGCUGGAUGCCGAAUUGAUCGAAAAAGCACCUCAGGAACUUGCCAGUUUCUAGGGGGAAGACUUGUGUCUUGGUUUAGUAAAAAGCAACACUCCAUUGCUACCAGCACGGCUGAAGCCGAAUAUAUAGCAGCUGGAAGUUGCUGUGCCCAAAUUCUCUGGAUGACUCAUCAGUUAAAGGAUUAUGGCAUAAAUGCACGAGAAGUGAGCAUCAAAUGUGAUAACACUAGUGCAAUUGCCAUCACACACAAUCCUGUUUUACAUUCACGAACUAAACAUAUUGAUAUUAAAUAUCAUUUCAUUCGUGAUCAUGUUGAGAGAAAAGAUAUAUCUCUUGAAUAUGUCAAUACUGGUGAUCAGCUUGCAGAUAUUCUCACAAAACCCUUAAGUGAAGCAAGAUUCUCUACUCUAAGACAUGAAAUCGGGAUGAUUGAGAUGGCAUAA